AUGUCAAAGAUUGAAGAGAUCGACACGCGUGUUAAAGAAUACCUAUACGAUAUUGGCUAUCAUAGAUGGUCUCGGGUACAUGUUAUGGUGAAUAGAACGUGGACGAUGACAUCAAACAUUGCAAUGUCGUUGAAUGCGGUGAGGUCUUCCACAUAUCAUAUCCAUACUGUGAUAGAUGGUGUGAAGCGCUUCAUUGUUUGCCUUCAAAAUAAGAGAUGUAGUUGUGGGCAAUUUCAGCUUGAUGAACUUCCUUGUGCACAUGCUUUGGCGGCUUUGAGGCACAGGAAUGAGUAUUAUGAAAACUAUUAUUCUCCUUAUUACACGAGGGAGAGCCUUUUGCAGACUUAUGAAAUGCCAGUAGACCCAUUGCCUGACGAAAGCAAAUGGAAUGUGUCACAACAUAUAUCUGAAGAAGUUGUAAUGCCAGCUACUAGAAAAGGACAGCCAAGGAUACCUCAAAAAUAA